UGUUGCACGUUGUGCCGACGUUUUUCGUGUGACAGCCGCGCGAUUUUGCCGACGCGUUUUUAAUCGCGAGUUGAGAAGACCAUUUUCUACAGAGAAUAUAGCCAGGAUGUGCUAAGUGGCUAGCGGAAAACCACCUGAAGAUGCCGCAAAGAACCCCCAGUCCGGCCAACUCCGAGAUUUCGGUGGGCUCGCCCAGUCCGCCGCCCACGAGAUCGCUGAACAUGAAGCGUUUGCGGCUUUUGAGGAGUCCUGUGGGCCUGGAAAAUGGCCGUCAGAGAUCAUCACCCGUCAGGAUCAAGAGCUUUUCCAUAGCCGAUAUCCUGGGCCGGGGAAACGAAGAGGGCAGGGAGGUGGAGAAGAGACCGGAGAGGAGUACGGUUCCGAAUGCCCUGCCAGGAGUAUCCGCUCCUCUGGUGCUGAUAAACGAAAGAUUGCAGAUGCCACUGGUGCAGAACUGUCCACCGCCGGCUGCACUGCAUCCGUUCUUGUCGCCCGCCCUGCUCCACAGCUACGAGCAGCGACUGGCCUGGGACUACCAGCGCCAGCUGCAGGAGCACUUCCAGGCCCAGGCGCACCUGCUCCGCCACAUGACCUUGAACCCCGCCAUCAUCGCCUCCGAGGACGGCAGCUCAGAGCGUUCCCAGCGGUCGAGCAGCAAUGGCAGCACCGACUGUUGCAGUCCCAGGCAGGUGGAAAAGCUGGAAAACCGAACAACCCAAGAGGCCAGUGAGGGAGCCCCGAAGAAGUCGCAGGAGCAGCAGCCCGCGGGGGCGGGAAAAUCCAGUGGCGACACCCCUCUGGACGCCCUCUUCCAGCUGUCCACCAAGAACUUUGAUGAGGAACAAGAUCCCGCCACGCUGAACAUAUUUGCCACGCGAUCCAAUCCAAAGAAGAAACGGAAGUCCCGCACCGCAUUCUCCAACCAGCAGAUCUUCGAGCUGGAGAAGCGCUUCCUGUACCAAAAAUAUCUAUCGCCUGCGGAUCGCGAUGAAAUUGCCGGCGGCUUGGGCCUCUCCAAUGCACAGGUCAUCACUUGGUUCCAAAAUCGGCGGGCCAAACUCAAGAGGGACAUGGAGGAGCUGAAGAAAGACGUGCAAUGCGAGAAAUUACCCGACCAGUCAGCAGAUCCCAAUCGCUCGCACCACCAUCUCCACCACCAGCAUCACCACCUCCCCAUGCAGAGCAUCGGGUCGGAAAAGGAUGCGGAUCGGGAGAAGGACAAGGACAAGGAUAAGGAGGAGCUGCGGAUGCUGAAGCUAAUGACCCUGAUGCGCUAUUCGGAUGGCAAGUUGCUAUAUACGCAACCACCGGCCGUAUAUUUGCCCAAUCCACAGGCAAAACAGUGAUUAGCUUAAAUUGUAAACUACUUAACACAACGCUUUUAUCUGCAUCUAAUUUGCAAAAACAAAAAAAUCACAGAGCAAGAAGGAAUUGCAAAUUUAUUGUGUUGAUUUUGUUAACUCAAGUAUUAAAUUUGUAUCUCCCCUGCAUUCGACUUCAAAAUAUUAUAUUUCAAUGUGUAUGAUACUAUAAAAUGUAAACAAUUUUAGCUUGUGCUAAGCUUAAAUCAUUUAUUUCUAACAGUAUAUUGAAAAAGUAAAGCUUGUAAAGAAAAAA